AUGGAGGAUAGUUUCAACACCAGAUCAUCAUCAUCUACCUUCGUUCUUCAGAGUUCUUCAGAGACAAUGGCUUCUAUCCAGCUCCUGGAUUUCAGAACAAGUUUACUUGAAGCACUAGAAGAGCUGCGUAUGAGAAGGGAAGCAGAGACUCAAUAUGAAGAGCAGAUUGCUAAAAUUAUUACGGAGACACAAGAACUGAAAUGGCAAAAGGAGACUCUUCGGAAUCAAAAGGAGGCAUUAAUAAAGGAACAUAAAGAAGCAAUGGGAGUUUUUAAGAAUCAGCUACAAAUGAAGAUGUAUGCCUUGGAAGAAGAAAAGGGAAAAUACAAACUUGCUUCAGAAAUCAAAGAAAAAGAAAUUGAAGGAUUGAAGGAAACAUUAAAAACAUUGCAGGUUUCUCAGUAUUCUUUACAGAAGAAAGUAAGUGAAAUGGAACAAAAGGCCCAUUUACACCAUCUAGCUAAAGAAGAUUACCACAAGCAACUGAAUGAAAUAGAAAAAUACUAUGUUACAAUAACAAAUCAGUUUGGAGUGGUGAAAGAGAAUCAUGUCAAGUUAGAACAAAAUGUACAAGAAGCAAUACAGCUAAACAAAAGACUUUCCACCUUAAAUGAAAAACAAGAAUCUGAAAUAGACAGUUUAAAGAAGGAACUAAAAAAAGUAGCUUCAGAGUUGAUUAAGUCCAAGGUCACAUGUCAGCAUAAGAUGGAAGAAGAAAGUAUCGAUCUGAUAAUUAAAGAACAAAAAUAUGAAGAGCUUCAAGAAAGACUUGACAUGGAACUGGAAUUAAAUAAGAAAAUCAAUGAAGAGAUUACCCAUAUUCAAGAAGAAAAACAGGAUAUCAUCAUUUCUUUUCAACAUAUGCAGCAAUUACUUCAGCAACAAACUCAAGCUAAUACUGAAAUCAAUGCAGAAUUGAAGGUGCUAAAAGAAAAUAAUCAGACCCUUGAAAGAGAUAAUGAGCUGCAAAGGGAGAAGGUAAAAGAAAAUGAAGAAAAGUUCCUUAAUCUUCAGAAUGAGCAUGAGGAAGAACUAGGAACUUGGAAGAGACGUGUUGAAGAACUUAGUGGAGAAAUGAAUGAUGUUAAAAGUGAGUUGUCAUUACUCAAGGAAACUCAUGUUAAAUUGCAAGAACAUUACAAGAAAUUAUAUGAUCAGAAAAAAAAUGAAGAAUGCAAGAAGUUUCAGAAUAUUCCAGAACUAAAUAAUGAAAAUAGUGACAAACUACCCAAUAAAAAAUCAGAAGACACCAGCACACAAAAAUACAAUACUGGUCAAGAAAUAUGGGGAAAAAAUACAAAGAGUUUUUGUUCAGAUCCUGAUUACUACAGAGAAAAGAAAAAAAUGGAAGACCUACCUGUAGAAGAAAUUGCAGAAGAUUUACAGCCUUUUGAAAUUAGUGCCAAAAGCAAAACUGCUACUGUGGUAUCUCAAGAUGGACACCAAAGUGGAAUGUCCCCAAGCAGAGCCCUUUGCCUAGAUAAAGAUGUAACUGAUCAGGAACAAACCUUGGCUGUUACUGACUAUAGAAAAUCAGUUACUGUAGAAGUAAAAGACAAGGUGUGCUUGGAGAAAGACAAUGGAUGUUCCGAAUUUAAAUCCCCGAACAAUUUCUUUUUAGUGGUAGAUGAACCACUAGAAACAGAGAAGAUAUGCCUAGAAGGAAUUGAUGGAUCAGGCCUUCUCCACAGUGGUGUAGAUGUACCUCUGGAGACUCGAAGUAACAAAACACCCCUUAAUGGCAUUUCAAAUGAGAUGGCCCACAAAAGAAACUGGAACACAGAUGUUUCUGAAAGCAAGCCAUUCAAACAGCAAUUCAAAUUGCUUCCAGCAGAUCUGGAAAAUGCUACAGAGAAGGAAAUUACAAAUCAUGACCAAACCAAAGCAGGAUUAGAUUCAUAUCUAGAUAUAAAACUAAAUCUUGAUGAGCGUAAGAAACAUGGCUCACAGGAUUCAAGUAAUGUUAUGUUAGAUGAUACGUACCGAAAAAUAAAGCAAAGCUUAGGUGAAGAGAGUGAGUGCAGCAUAGUACCCUUUUCAUGUCAUCAGCAAGCUCAUAAGGCUGCCCAGAAGCCUGAAGCAACUGUCGCCUAUGCUAUGGGGAUCGGCCCGCCCUGUCCAUCUGCUGUCUCUGCCGAUACUUUCAAAGGACUUAAGAAUUCAGAAAACAGUACUAAUACUAUGUCAACACUGGUGAAGUCUGCCUCAAGUCCUGCAGAAAGAACUAUAAGGAAAACUAUGAAUAACAUACAAAACAGUCCAUUUAAGAACCAUUUGGGAUCUUCAGAAAGCAGUGUGAUCAUCUCAAACUUCCAGGUCAACCAAGGGGACAAUCAUGCUUCACAAGCCAAAGAUUUCAAAUCUGUAGUUCCCAUGACAACUUCCACAGAAAAACAGCUUUCCAGUGAGAAUCAGAUAACUGAAACUACAAAAAGUGGUCUCUUUUCCUUGGAGGAUGUUAAGGAAAGACAGUGCAUGUUGCUAAAUAAUAGAGAGAAAGCAGAGGCAUUACAUGACAUCUUGUCAGAAGGAACAUUCAGUGAAGGUCAGUUGGAAGAAUCACAUUUGUCUCAUGUAACACCAUCUGCAGAUUCAGUAAACUCAAGUGCAAGGUCAGCCUUUGAUCUUCCCACUCCAGAUAAAAAACUCAAGAAAAGUCCAGGAUAUAUGAAGUUUGUAGCCCCCAGUCCUUGGUCAAAAAUAAAUCAAAUUAAAACAGUGGGUACUUCACCUUCCAGCUUUCCUUUGUUGCUGAAGGAGAGACCAGUAGGUCCAGAAAGCAAAGUGAUUACUCAAGUGACUUUUUGUGAAAAUGUUGGUCUGGAUGACACCAGAAAAAAUAUUGAGCCAGAUACUACCAGCAUUAGCAGAGCUGCUGACACUGUGAGUAACCGGAGUAUCCACAGCCCCAAGGGCCAGCCCCGUGAAGAGAGGAAUGCAACUGCAAAGACCUUUUAUGAUUCUUCUGUUCCCACAGAACAUGUGAAAGCAGAGCCUCGGAUUUCAACUGUGCAACAAAGCCAUUCCCAGGCAAAGGAGGUUACAGACACUCUUGAUCUACUUGCCUUUUCUCCUGGAAACACUGACUGGCAGAGCCUUAUGAUAAACCGACUAACUGAAAUUGAAAAGUUACUAAGCUUAGAAAAUGACAACCAGCCCAAAAAAAGAAAAGCAGAAGAGAUGCUGGAAAAAAUAAGUGACUAAAUGUUGAUCAAUGCAUUCAAUAGUCAAACUGGUGUGCUUGGGUGAAAGACUGUUCAUGUACAUUUCACAGCUAGCUUCUCCUAGUGUUAUGAAGUCCCCAUCGUGUAUCUGCAGAGCUUGCUGUUAGCAUCCAGGCCCCUUAACUUUUAUCUCCCUUAUAUAUUUCCUUCAAAGUACUGUUUGUUAGUACCUUUCUUU